AUGGCUUGCACCUCCCUGAUCUAUGCUGUCACUGCAGUUGCCGCACUGGGAGGCCGCAGCGACCUGGACACUUCCCGAGAGCUCCAUCAAACAUCCCUGAGGCAGACCCAGAACGCGGCACUGCUUCGACGGCAUCUCGCUGCAGGCGGCACCGCCGUGUACCGCAGACAGCGGCUGAGCGGAGUAGGCAGCAUCGAGCAACUCGUUACAGACGACCCUCCAGAGCCGGACUCUGACAAGGAAGUCGCCAAACAGGUGGAGAGAAUCAAGAAGGAUGCCAAAACCCAGAUGGUGGACACAGAGGAGGAAGUGGUGAACGACGUCUCGCAGAAGCUAAAGAAUCCGGAUGAUGGACCCAUUUACUUCUGGGGGCAAAUUAUCGGAGCGCUCAUUUGCUUGAUCAUCAUUUUUAGUGUGCUGUUUGUGUGGAUUCGGGAGCGCUGGGAAAAAGGGGCAGGGGCCAAAGAGGAAACUGCAUCUCCGCGCGCCAGUGCAACUUCCCUGGUUCACACAAUGCAUUCUGCAGAGCUUGAGGAGCUUUUGAACUCGAAGCUUUCAGGGCUGGCCCUGCAUAAUAUUCCUGGGAACUUUGGCUUAUCGGCCGAGGCUGUCAGCGAGCAGUCCAGCAGAUAUGGGUUGAACAGGAUGACACCGCCCGUUAAACCACAUUGCUUGUGGCUCUUGAUGCGCCAAGUCUUCGGAGGAGUGUUCAAUUCUUUGCUUUGGUUCUGUGUCACUGCGGAGAUUGCCCUUGCAUCAUUUAUGGGAGCAGAUGAGGCGGAUCUGGUCACGCCGGGUAUUCUGGCAACUGUGAUCACCCUCGCAGGGCUACUGCAGUGGUGGACCGAGCAGCAGGCAGAGUCCAUGAUGAACUCUUUGCAGCAAAUGCAAUCUGCAGAUCAGGUGGAGGUUUGCAGAGACGGCCAGAGCAUCAAGAUGCAGCCAGAGCAGCUUUUGCCGGGCGACGUUGUAUGCAUCGAAGCAGGCCAACGAGUUCCUGCAGACAUACGCAUUCUUGGUAUGACUGACACGGUCCUGGUGGACAACUCUGCUCUGACUGGAGAGUCUGUGGCAGAGCCGAGGCGCCAGGAGCCAAUUCCCGUUGAGAGUGGUAAGCCAGCUCCCAUCUUGCUGGAGUCUAGCAAUGUACUUUUCUCGGGGACAAGUGUUGUGGAAGGAAAGCUGGCAGGUGUGGUUUUUGCAACUGGCGACGGCACGUUGCUUGGGAAGAUUGCGCAGGGGGUGCAGCAGGCACGCCCGCGCUCCUCGCUAGAAGUUCAGAUCGAGCACUUUGUACACAUGAUUGCCCUCACUGCCACUUGCACUGGGCUGUUGUCCUUGGUGGCCAACCUGCUCUCCCCACAGAAGCUUAGUAUGGAGAAGGUUUUGCUCAAUUCGUCAACCGCUUUUUUCACAUUUGUCCCUGAGGGCCUGAUGCCAACGGUGACCUUCUCGUUAAUGAUCUCCUCAAGGCAGAUGGCCAAACGGCAGGUGUUGGUCAGAAAGAUUGACGCCAUAGAAACCCUUGGUUGUGUGAGUAUCCUGUGCAGCGACAAAACUGGAACGCUCACCUCAGGCAAGAUGACAGUCACAGACCUGGCAAUUAUGGAAUCUGGAAGUCUGACCAAACUAUCAUUGCAAGAGGCCCAGCAAACAGGGGCAACAAAUGACACGUUGAACAAGCUAGUGCAAGGUGGGCUUCUAAAUUCAAGUGCACAGGAAAGUGCGGAGCUGCAAUUUGUGGGCUCGCCGACAGAGGUCGCCAUAGUUUCUGCAUGCCGCACCAUUGGGGGCAAAUCUUUGCAGGAGGUCCGCGGAGCUGCGCCGCAAAUCUAUGAGAUACCCUUUAGCAGUGCUAGUAAGUGGAUGCUAACGGCACACGACUCAGUUGAGAAGACGGGCCAGGCAAUGCCAAGUGGGUCUGCAUCCGUGAGACUCCUCCUGAAAGGGGCUCCCGAGUUUGUCGUGGACUGCUGCAAGCUGUCACAGCAGCAGCUGGACGCUGUCACAAGCUGCUACGAAGGUUACAUGGCUCUUGGUAAGCGCGUCCUCUGUGUGGCAGAGUAUGACUUUGCAGCUCCAGCAAACUUUGAAUUCAAGGGCUCCAGGCGGCAAGAUGUGAACUUCCCUCUUUCCAACUACAAUUUGCUGGGUGUCUUCGCCAUUGAAGAUCCUCCGAAGCCUGGUGUCGCCGAUUCCAUAUUAAGUAUGAGGGAAGCAGGAUGUCAGACGGUCAUGGUCACCGGCGACCAUCCGAACACAGCCUUUGCGAUUGCCCGACGAAUAGGAAUUUUCGCAGAGGCUGAGGCGGUGGAAGGAAGAGACUUCCAUGCAAUCACCGGUGCCAGGAUCGAGAGCCAGGGAGUGCCUCCUGAGGGAAUAAGCCUUGCCGAGGUGGCUGCAGACUCUUCGCUAGCACCAGGCUGCGCAGAAUUCUGGAAGAUGUGCGUCAAGCAUACUCAUGUGUUUGCUCGCGUGUCGCCGUUGAACAAACAAGCGAUAGUUCAGGCCUAUCAGCAGUUUUCAGGUCAAAUUGUGGCUAUGACCGGAGACGGCGUCAAUGAUGCUCCUGCUUUGAAGGAGGCAGAGGUCGGUAUUGCCAUGGGCAUCAGGGGCACCGAGGUGGCCAAAGAGGCUGCAGACAUUGUUUUGCUCGAUGAUGACCUUCGCAGCGUCGCAGCUGGCAUGGAGCAGGGCCGCCUUUGUGCCGAGAACUUGCGGAAGUCAAUCCUGUAUACCAUGUGUUCAAAAGUGCCGCAGGCUUUGCCAACAUUCGCGCAGCUGCUAGGAAUACCGGUUGCCCUUACAACCGUGCAGGUCAUUCUCAUCGACAUUGGCACAGAUAUUUGGACUGCCAUCGCAUAUGCCGCGCAGCCACCGGAAGCCUCCUUGAUGCAGAGGAAGCCGCGGCAUCCGAGAAGGGAUUCAAUAGUGAAUGGCAGCAUGCUGCUUUACUCCUUUGCAUACAUCGGGGUGAUCCAGUCAUUAUGCUGCUGGGCCAGCUUCUUCUACAUGCCAGAGAUGUGGAAGCUGUUCAGCAAGACGGAGAUACCCGUGGUGUAUUCAGCCAGCGAGAAGAUUGCCAUUCAAGCGGGUACAACCAUGUACUACUGGGCGCUGGUGUGCGGACAAAUCGGUGCAGCCUUUGCCGCAACCACGACGUCAAUGUCUUUGGCCUCCUACGGCAUUCCUAACCAAUGGCUCAACUUCUUCAUCGUGUUGGAGUUCUGUUGCUCUGCCCUCGUGAUUUACAUCCCUAGCCUGCAGCAUGCCUUUGGCAUGAGAGCACUCACCAAGCAGCAGCUGGCCGUUGGGUCCAUGGCAUUGUUUCUCAUCAUUUUAGUGGACGAAAUCCGCAAGAUUUGGGUCAGGAGGGCGGAUGCUGCCUUGCCAAAGCCACCGCAGACUCUGCCGGCAAAAGGGGCGCAAAAAGGAGAUGAAGAAGCAGAAGCCUUGGAAACAAUACCUGACAUUGGCGGUUCUGCGUGA